AUGGUGAAGAUGGUUGCUCUGACUCUGAGGUCCCUCUACCGCUCAGGCAGCUCCGUCGCCGUCAACAAAUUAUUAUUAUGGGUAGAUUUGCAUGAUGGACUAGAGCAGUAUGCAUUUCGAAUGUUUGAUUAUCUGAGACAAGAGGGGCUGGCUGAUGAAGCCAACCAGAUAUUCAGGCCUCUCUUACAGAAAAAGAGAGCCAAUGUGCCGGCUGUGGCGGUUUUUACUUACAUGAUUGAUGCAUUGCUCACUAGUGGGGACACCAAUAUGGCUCUCAACGUGUACAGGUACAUAUUAGCCACUGGAGUCACUCCCAGCUCCUUCACCUGCAAUGUGCUGAUCCUGGGACUUUCGGUUGCAGCUUGGAGUGUUUUGUGGAAAUGUUGGAUAAGGGAAGGAAGCCCAAUUAUGUUGUUUUUAGAAGGGUGUUUUGCAGACAUUGCCUGGCUGGAGACGGUGGAGGAGGUCAGGGGGUUCCUUGGGUUUGUUCCUGAUGACGACUGUUUUGAUUUUGAUAAAGAAAACCUGGAGGAUAUGAUCAAGGCAAUGAAGCUGCAUGUUUAUCUUGUGACGACAGCUGAUGAUGACAUGCGAAGAGUCUUACAUGACUGGCUCAAGCAAGGCACCCAGAAACAGGCAGACAACAUGCGGAAGGCUUUACUUGAUGAUGGAAAUAGACACGAGGCGUGGAUGCUCUUUGAGAAGCAGUACUCUGAGUCGAGCAUGCACCACAUGGUUGUACUUUAUACCUGUGUUAUUGAAACCUUCAUCAAUGCUGGUAAGACGAAGGGUGCUCUGGAGGUGUACCAGCACAUGUUGGAUGAUGGGUAUGCUCCGUGCUCCUACACUUACUCUAUUUUGAUCAAGGCACUCGCUGCUGAUCCCAGCUUCUUCGGAGAUGCAAAGAAGUACUUUCUUGAGAUGAUGGAGAAAGGGAUACGGCCCAAUGCUGCUACCUACACUGCCGUGUUAGAGGGAUUUGCAAGGCAGGAGGACAAUGCAGCUGUGGAGGAAGGCAGAAAGUUUGUGAAGGUGAUGAUGGUCAAGGGGUUUGUGCCUUACACCGAGGAUGUGAUGAAGGUUUUAAGGGGGAAACCAGAACCUGCAGUUACAAGGGUCAUGGAUAUCAUGUCUUCCAAGUGGAACUACUGA